AGCAGCGAUCUCGCACGUCCGUCAGCACGGCCAGAAAUUGGAGCGACAGCCCAGAGCGCUGAGCAGCUCGGAUCGUACGGCUGUGCUGGUCUAUGGCUAUGACCAAAGCGGCCGUCACAGCCGGUCGAGCUGAUGUUCGUCCUAUGGCGUGGCUUAGGGCUGAGCAGAGCUCGAAUCUUCGUUGGCUGCUCAGCCCCUCAGCAAAGAGUGGGUUUGUAAGGUCGUCUGAGCGGAUCAGGAUGUCGUUAGUAAGAGAGCUGAGCACUGAUAAAGUCGAGUGAUGUUCCUGUGUUCCUACCCCGCCUUACAGAACGCAUAAGAUCAAGACCACACCUCUUGGCUAAUAUCCACACCCAGCCCAUAACACAAAAUAUCAUGUCUGGAUACGAUCAAUACAACCAGGGCUACGGCCAGCAGCAGCAAUACCCGCCUCAGGGCCACAGCCCUUACCCUCAGCAGGGCGGGUAUGACCAGGGCGGCUACCAGCAGCAAGGCUACCAGCAACCUCAACAGCAAUACGGUCAGCAGGGCUACGGAGAGCAGCAAGGCUACAACUCGCAGUACGGCCCCCCUGCGCAAGGCGGCUUUCAACAUGGCCAGCAAGUAGGACAGUAUGGUGAACACAACCAGCAACAAGGGCAAUAUGGCCAGCAACAGCAGGGAGGCUACCCUGGCUCGCAACCUCAGAACCAGUUCCCCCAGCAGGGACCUUAUGGUCAGGACCAGUACCCACAGGGCCAGAACGCAUACGGUCAGCCUGGGCAGCAGCAGCAGUACGGCUCCAGCGACCCCGCUAUGCAGCAAGAGGGCGACCGCGGGCUUAUGGGAGCCCUGGGUGGCGGUGCCGCCGGCUACUUUGGUGGAAACAAGGCAGGAGGCCACGGCAUUUUGGGUGCUCUAGCAGGCGCAGUACUUGGCAGCAAGCUUGAGGACCACCACAAGAAGCCAAAGAACAACGGCUACAACGGUCACUGAGUGAUGACCUCAUUUUUCGGUUCUGGGUUUUCACCUUGUAAAUAUUCUGGCGUU